UUGGCUUUGGCUGGAGUGGGAAUCAGCUGUUAGCAGGCUAUAGCUAGUCGUCUCAAACCUGAACAUUAUACAUUUCUGUGUACGGUGAACGACCAUACCUGGAACAUUUGCUGAGACGAAGGAAUUCGGCAUAUUCUGACUGCAAUGCAUCGCAAGAAUAACUAGAUCAAGUGGACCGGCAUAAGUAGCCAGUUAGCUGAAGCCUGGAUUAGCGUUAGCCGGGUGUAGGGCUAGCUAGCAAUAGCUUGCCAGCUAGUUGCUAGCAAACUACGUCUGGUUUAUGAAGACCAGAUUAAUGGUUUUUAACGUAUCAGCUGUCUAGCAGCUUCAAUUAGGCUUUUUAAAACCGAGUAUAACGUGUUGCCAUUAACGGUUAAACCGGCGUCCUAGCGUUGUCAGCCUUUAGAUCAGUUUAGUGGUCAAGCCUGUAUCUGGCCGACGUAUCAAUGCGCUACUCGCCAUGCCUUUGCGCACACGCCCUGAAAAAGAUAGGGAUUCAACUGUUCAGUUUGAAUUGUGUGUUGUAGAUAUGAACCCCGAUAUGUGGCUGCAACUCAUGUAUUUAAAAUUGAAUGUGUCAUUUUGAGACCAGACAUCACUGACAGAGGUUCUGUCUGAUGUUAUAGACGAGUGGACGGUUCUUUCAGAUUUCUGGGGUGUAGUCAGUGGUAGGACUUUAGCUAAUUGUUCAAUCAUGGGGGCUACAGUGUCAUGCUGCAUGUCCCCCGGUGGGAGUCCAAAGCUUGCAAGGAGAGCAGUCGAGCUCGACGACUACCCAAUAACCACCACUGGCGACGACGUAAGCGAGGACACGGGCACCUAUCUGCAGCACAUCAGCGAUAGAGAGGUCCCGGAUGAAUUGGCGCAGGAGUCCAACCCAUCCGAUAAUGCCAGAGCCAGCACAAUCUUCCUCAACAAGUCGCAGACUGAUGUGCGGGAGAAAAGGAGAAGUAACUACUUAAGUAAUCAUCACACGUCUCCUGGGUUAUCUAAAAAGUACAGCUCCUGCUCCACAAUAUUCCUUGACGAUAGCACGGUCAGCCUUCCCAACCUGAAGAGUACGGUCAAAUGUGUCACGUUGGCUAUAUACUAUCACAUAAAAAACAGGGAUUCAAACCGUUCUCUGGACAUUUUCGAUGAGAAGAUCCACCCAUUAACGAGAGAGAAGGUUCCAGAAGACUACUACAGCGUGGACCCUGAACACAAGCUCAUCUACCGCUUCGUCCGCACGCUCUUCAGCUCGGCCCAGUUGACUGCUGAAUGUGCCAUCGUCACCCUGGUGUACCUGGAGCGUCUGCUGACCUAUGCAGAGAUGGACAUCUGUCCGUGCAACUGGAAGCGUAUCGUACUGGGGGCCAUCCUGCUGGCGUCCAAGGUGUGGGACGACCAGGCCGUGUGGAACGUAGACUACUGCCAGAUCCUCAAGGACAUCACCGUGGAGGACAUGAAUGAGAUGGAGAGGCACUUCCUGGAGCUGCUUCAGUUCAACAUCAACGUGCCGGCCAGCGUCUACGCCAAGUACUACUUUGACCUGCGCUCCCUGGCCGACGACAACAACCUCAACUUCCCCCUGGAGCCACUUGACAACCAGCGAGCCACUAAACUGGAGGCUAUCUCCAGACUGUGUGAGGACAGAUACAAGGAUCUGGGCAAGGUGACCAUAAGGAGGUCCCUCAGCGCAGACAAUCUGGUGGGGGUCCGAACCACCCACGCUGUGCUGUCGUAAAGCUGGACCUGCUACACACAGGACAGGCGGAGGAUGAGGAUGCACCGAAGGCCUUCCUAAACUAGACACUCACUGGCACCAUCGACACACACAGCUGGUCCCAAAUCACCCCCAGAUCUGUAAGGUGGCAGCUCCACCACUGAUACCUACUCAUACACUCCAGAUCUGCACAAAUCAACGGGUUAGACUGACACCACACUGACCAUGGUGACGAAGCCUCUAACUACCCUGUGGUGUAGUUUGGCACACGGACGGAUAGAUGGUGACGUAGAAGGACGGUUUUCUUUGCUUACUGUGUAGGCCUUUUAGCUGUGAAAUGUAUCGGUUUUUAAUAUUUUCAGUUGCUGUUUAUUUCAAAUAAACCGUAAUAAACUCUGAAA